AUGGGAGUGCCAAUAAAUAUCCAAACUGCUAUUGGAGCCAUAUCGCUUAUGAGUAAGCACCCAUUAAAAUAACCAUACGAUUUCGUAACUCCAGGUGUUCAAUUAUCCGUUCUGGCCCUUUUCGAGCACCGCCAUCACAUUGUCCUACCGAUGAAUAGUAUUUUACGUUUGAAAACACGCUACCGUGUUCUUUACCUACUAACAAACGCAAUUUUCCUCAUUUUCGGUGUUUUAUUCAUCAUAUCCCAGGCUCCUGCCGAUCAAGAUGCGGCCAAGCUUGAAGUCGUCGAAGUAUAUAUAUCCUUCGUAUUCAGGACAAUGAAUUUCACCGUUUACAGAUGCUUCAAUGUAUUCCCAGUCGAAUUUUCACUUCCUGUGCUUUCGUCUUGGAUUUAUCUUCAAAAAUGCGCUGGUUCGCCGUCUGUCAAAGCUUUGUGUUAGCUUUCCAAUACGGAUUUUUUUGUUCAAAUGGAAUCUAUAUUCUAAACCAGCAUACCAGCCAUUUGUCCAUCAGAUCUCGUCAGCUUCAGAAGUUCUAUUUCUAUAAUCUGUCUGCUCAGGUGGGUUUGAUAGUUAGGUUAAGGUUGAUAUUUUGAAUAGAAAGAAAGGGGCUGUAGGCUUUUUCGAGAAGUUGAAAAAUAAUGAAAAUCAAAUCUCAGUUCAAAAAAUAUUCUUUGAAUUUUUAAAAAUCUACUCAAAAGCUCCCUUUCACAACAAACAGUUUAACGCUAAAGUGACCGACCUGGAAACCAAAAUUUUCUGACGUAAUUUUAUCAGGCUACAAUCCAACUUUAUACUCUCCCAAAAGUCAGCUGGGAGACCUUGAAUGGAAUGGGGACUCUCUCGAAAACUCAUAGGGGCUAAAAAUACUGAUUUUCGGCGGAAAAUCGCAAUAAAAACCUUGUCAGCCUUAGUUAGCCUUACCAAGUCUUCAAAAAUCGAAAAAAAAAAUGUUCCAGGUGAUUAUCCCAAUGUUGUUCCUGUGCGUUCCGAUCGCUGCUGGGGCUCUAGUUUUUAGCGAAAAAAUUCCAAUGCAAGGUAUCCUUUCAUUUGAACUGAACUCAACGAUUUAAUUCAAAUUUUGCAGCGAUGGCUCCACUUCUGGUCAUAGUUAUCUCUAUUCACGGCGGCGUUUCUUCGACUUUCACAAUUUUGUCCAACAAACCGUAUCGCCAAUUCUUCCCAAAGCUUUGCACUUUUAAAAAUAGUGAAUCUAACAGCAGCACCGUUUUUCCACACAGUAUCAUACGUUUGAACAUUGUUGAUCCUAUUUGAGGACUCUUUUUCAUAUCAAAUGUUAUUAAUGAUAACUUUUUUUUGAUUAAUUUUCUAAAAUAUCCAAACUGCACGCUUUCAAAAACUCAUAUUUCCAAUGUAAAGACAGCAUUCCAAAGAGACAAGGACGUCCAAAAUAUCCAUAAAAAUCGCCAUCUUCUUUUAUUGUUUUAAAAAAAUGAGAUUUUUCGAAACAUUUAUUGUUCAAUGCAAUGUUUAAUGCGGCACUUGUGAUAAAAAGAUUCGUUUUUAAAAAUUUUCACUUUGUGAUCCCAUGAAAAUAAAUAUCCUUCUGGCCUUUUUUGGCCUUUUGCCACUUGCUAGCGCCAUCGGCACUCGAUGUAUUUCUGUGGUGAGCAUUUUAUUAUUUAACGUGUUAAAAUGUACUUAGGUUUCUAGAAAAAUGCAUACUUCGUGAAAAUUGCUCGAGAUUUGAGCCAAGUUAUUUAUAAAUAAACUUAGAUACCUUAUUUCCUAUCGUAAGUUCGGUGAAAUGUCCAUCAAGUGUUUUUUUUCAAAACAUUUUCAAAACAUAUCAGAUUUCAAAAGUUAGAAUUGAUUCUUAGAACAAGAACUGUUAUAGCCUGUGUACCACGACUUGGAAUUUCACCGAACGACAUUCCGCUGUGCCGCUGCGCGCCUUUGCGAACCUUGGUCGUCUUUUAAUUAAGGUACUCUACUUUCCUGCCCACCAAAGCAAUAACAAUCAUUUGAAAGCGUGACCUUGAUUCGAAACACGCUUCGCGAACGCACGCAACGCACGCCGCGGAAUGUCGUUCGGUGAAAUUUCAAGUCGUUGCAUACAGACUAUACCUUCGUUUUUCAAACUCUCAAAAUUUUUUGAAUGCAGCUUUGAGCUGUUAUACGCGGUUUUAAGACGUUCAAGCCAUGAUGACUCGAAAAAAAAACUUUCAAUCAAUAAAUUAAUGACAAAAUCAUCUGAACUAUCAGAAAAACGCGAGUGUUGUCCAAGGAGCGCAUUUUGUGCCUCUAGGUAGACCACUAAAAGUUGGCGACGUCAUUCUUCUCAAUGGAAUCGCCAAGUCUACCGCAAAAACGCAAGUUCUUUUUUCCACCUAUUAUCUUCACCGUGUCUUUAAAAGCAUAGAGCCAGUAGAAACGGGGUUUCAGAUGAAAGCAAUACUUUGUAGAGCUUCUAAUUACGAAUCGAACGGUGUACUCAAAAAAUCACAGAAAUGACUAUUUUUGAAGGAAAACGCAUUUUUAUAUUCCCGUCAUUUAUUUCUGAAACAUGCUUUGAAUCGGGUUUCGGAAAACUAUUUACAGUAGACGUGCACGAGGAGUUGCGGACGUCGCAUUUCGUGCGUAAAUACUUCAAAUUAAGGGGUUCUUAUCUGAAAAUUCAUUACGGCAAAAAAAAAAACACACGUCGAUAAUAAGAAAACGCGUAAUGUCAUUAUCCCAACCGAAAAUUGUAUAAAAUCAUCAUUUUUCACCGUAGAAGCAUCUUGCCAUCAAAAUCUUCAAAAUAAACGUGGAAUUAGAGUUUUCGUGACGGAAACAACUCUGGUGACAAUAGAAACAUUGUGAAUUAAAAAAAAAGCGUAAAAUUAAAAAAUGGGGAAGCGUGUUGUCCAUAGAGCAACUUCACUGAAAAACGCUCUUUUGGCGGAAAAUCAUCGUUUUUCUCUCUGAUUUUAAUGGUGUGUUCAUCGGACAAAACGAAAAUGGCUUCGAAACGCAAAAAAUUACUUCAAAACAAGAAUUAGUACUGUUUUGGAGCAACUUUGGCGCGCCGAUUUACACGAUUUUUCGUUUUGAAGCAUGUUCUGUUUCUCCGAUGAACACGCCAUAAAUAACGAAAAGGUACUUCUGUAAAUUUCCAAGAAUACCGUUCGAUUUCUCUCUCUCUUACUUUUUAUUUUUUUUUUCUAUGAGCUUCCGUGCAUUUUUAAGAAUACCGUUCGACACGCACGGAAGAGCUCAUUUAUCUGAAACCCCUUUUUUCUUUUGGGACUAAAAAAAAAUAAACUGAGAGAAUCGCUUCAUAACUUCAAAUUUGCUACUUUUCAGCGCUGUUGUCAGUCUUCUCGAAAAACUUCCAACUAAAAGUAAUCCGAUCGUAUACGUCUCACUUUAUAUCAAAGCUUACUUGAAAUUAGGAAUCGUCGCCUUCACCACAUUUGAAGUGAGUCAAGACCUAAUUUUUCAGAGCGCCUUCACAUGGAGGUCGUUUUAGCGUAGGAUUCAGAAUUUUUUAUAAAUUUGCUCAAACAAUCUUUGAUGGACUGGUGAUCGAUCACACAUAGUCGCUAUCUGCGCAAACUUUUUUUUUUUCCAGAUUCCUUCCAAGCGGCGUCACAUGGUUAAGAAUAAAAACUUUGAAAAAUCAUAUCUCCAAAACAAAAAGUUUGCGCAGAUAGCGACUAUGUGGGAUCGAUUACCAGUCCAUCGAAGAUUUUUUGAGCAAAUUAAAAAAAAAUUCUGAACCCUACGCUAAAAUGACCUCCCAUGUCAGAAUGCCUUGAGACAGUCUGAAGUGUCUGCGCUCUCUUUUGCCUCGCAAAGUCCGAAAAAAGGAUCCAAAAGCGUUCAUAAAGAUGAGCUCUAGAUGAAAUUAAUUCCCUACAAAGUUAAAUAAUGAAGGGAGAAAAAAGAAGGCGCAGAAAGUCAGAGGUUUCUGAAGGUUGAAUAGUCGUUUUUCACCAAACUUUUUUGAUAGUAAAAAUACGUUUUGUCUUAAGAGCAAUUUUAAGCGGUCUGCAAAAAUUUGGUCUCAAACAGGCAGUCAAAAUUGUGAAAAGCCGAUAUUUCAGAAAAGAGGAUGGUGGCGGGAGGAGGGCCGAAAAACCGAUUUGAAAAACGGAUCCGAGUUCAAGAUCAAGAUUCGGUUAUAAAAAAAAAGACUCUCUCUACUAAAAGUUCGACAAAUCCAGAGUUCUCGAAACGGCUUACGAAAUCUAUAUCAACGAAAAUCUCGUCUGGACCUACAAUUAUCGUUGGCCGAGCUUCGAUUCAGUGAAAGCGAUUGGCAUCGCAAAUAUCGAGUUCAAUAACCCGAUGUUAGUUUCGAAGCAUACGUGGGCAAGUGAAAAAAUGUGUCUGGAAGGGGAGCUUACUUACAGAAAUUUUGGAAAAUAAAUACACUGGUGAAUCGGGAGAUCGAUACAAGCGGGUAUAGGCUGUGUACCACGACUUGGAAAUUCGCCGAACGACAUUCCGCUGUGCCGCUGCGCGCCUUUGCGAACUUUGCUCGCGCUUUUAAUUUUUUUUUCAUUUAUCAAGGUACUCUACUCUCAUGUGUUCCCACAGCAGAAACAAUCAAUUGGUAGUGUUACCUAGAUUCGAAAGACGCUUCGCAAACGCACGAAGCGGAACAGCGGAAUGUCGUUCCGUGAAAUUGCAAGUCGUGGCACACAGACUAUAUCGGGUAGCAAGUUAAAGUCAAUCAGAGUGUGGUAAUCGGUGGCCGUUUGUAUGCGACCGGGUACUAUCUUUAUCGGCUACACGGAUGGGUUCAUCUACCUCGGUACCCAUCUCCACUUCGCUGAUUGCUCGAAAACCGAAAUCCAACUCCGAAUUCGUUCUGCAUGGAGCGUCUUCCACAAGUUCAAAACGUACUUAAAGGCAUAGGGGCAGUAAAAAAACGGUGUUUCAGUUCAAAGCAGUACUUUGUAGAGCUUUUCAUUGCGAAUCGAACGGUAAACUUGGGAACGUACCGAACUUCCUAGUUUUGAAGAAAAAAUAAUUCAAAAUCGGAGAAAGGAAAGCUUGAGUUCCCGCGAAAAGGGCGCUUUGCAGUAAAGUUGCUCUAUGGACAACAGGCUUCGCCAUUUUUCGGAAUUUCGCUUUUUUCUUCGUUGCUUUCAAUUUUUAUGCCGUGUUCAAAGUAAUUUCCGCGAAAUGCAAAAUGAUCUCUGACUCUCCAAAAUUUAGUGAUCUUUUCCUUUCUCUAACGGGUAUUUUGCAUUUCGCGGAAAUUACUUUGAACACGGCAUUAAUUUUUUCUGUUGUCACCAAAGUUCUUUUUGUCACAAAAUCUUUAUAUUCAUGUAUAAUUUGCAAACUUUGAUUGCAAAAAUGCUUCUUCGGUGAAAAAAAUGAUGGUUUUUACACAGGUUUCGAUUGGGAUAGCGAUUAUUUGUGUUUUUCUUUAUUAUCAAUAUGUUUUUUUCUGUUUUUCUAAUCGAUUUUUUUCAGAAAAAGAAACCCUCAAUUUGAAGCAGAUAGCCGGUUAUUUCUCACAAAAUGCGAGCCUAAUGAGACGUCCGCAACAUCGCGUGCACAGCUACUGUAAUCAGUUGUCUGAGCACCGAUCCAAAGCUUUUUUCAAAAUAAAAGGCGGGAAAGUGAAAUCGCGUUUUUCUUCUAGAGUUGUCACAUCUGUAAUUUUUUUGAGUACACCGUUGGAUUCGCAAAGAAAAACUAUACAAGAUACUGCUUUCACCUGAAACCCCAUUUUUUACUGCCCCUAUGCCUUUAACACGAAGAAACGUUUCCAAUAUACACAAAGCCGAGAUAUACAACAUGUGUAUUGAACCAGCUUUUCUCUAUGGUUCGGAAACUUGGACUCUGAAGAAGGAAGAAAGGAACCUUCUGGCAACGGCACAGCGGAAAAUGAUGCGAUGGAUGCUCGGAGUAACAUUGCUCGACAGAAGAAGAAACUCCUGGCUCUAUGAAAAGUUGAAGCUACGCGAAGUUCGGUCGGAAGCUGUGAAGAGAAAAUGGCUUUUCGCAAAGAAGAUCGCUACGGGAGAAGACACAUGGGCGAAGAAAAUCGUGGAAUGGCGACCAUGGGCAAAAACGCGUGGAGUUGGACGACCCAAACCCCGUUGGCGAGAUGACCUACGAGCAGUUCUUGGUGAAAGAUGGGCGACAGUUGCGCGAACCAACAAACAUCUCUUCAAAUAUUCCAUGAUUCAGCAGAUAAAAGAUUACUCUGAGGACUGAAUAAAUGUUAAAUGUUAAAUGUUAAACUAUCUUUAUGGUACCCAGAUACUUCCGGAGAGGUAUCGCGAUGCUUCCGGGUAAGAUCUUUGACGAGCGUAUGCUUUCCGGUACCAUGAAAGUAGCUAAUAAGUAAUAAGUACCUACCCGGUUCUCACUUGCAUCGUCCUCCCGAUUCACCUUUGAAACAAAAUCAACUUUUAAGACCUGGAAGAAGGUGAUAGCGGCCUUACAAAACUGUUCAUGUUUGAUUUGGAAUCAAAAGCAAAACUGUUAAAAAUGAGAAGCAUACAGUAAACUACAGUAAUAAAAGUUAUUAAACUCAGAGAAUGCCCAGCGGAAACUGGAGAGCCGAAGGAAGAAGAUUCGCAGAUCGUCGUGAUCCGAAAUGGCAUAUUCAAAACUAUCUGUGAGUUUUUCUUUUCUUGAUUCUCAUUUUAAACUAUAUUUCCUUGAAUUGUGUUAACUCGAUUAUCCCAAAUUAAGACGGCCACGUUCUCCAGAACGACGACCUGGCGCACGAAGGCAAAAAGAAAGUUGGACCUUCUACGAAGAAAAGCAUUGUCAUCGAAUAUUGA